UGGAGGUGCGUGCCUAAAGCGCCGCCAUCUUGGAACAGGGCUAGCAGAGGCAGCGGUCAAUCUUCGCAAAUAUUCGCUGAAUUUUGGAUCGAUUUCCAAACGUAUUGAUUUGUUAAAAACGUCACACAUGUAGCUAUGAUACAGAGUGCUUGGAUAUUUUAAAACUGCUGGUUUUACUACCCAAAUACAAAUUGUACUUAAUGUUAUCAGCAGACGAGCUUCCGACAGAAGAUUUGUGAAUGAAAAGAUGCCGGACUUCUGUGCCGCGUAUGGAUGCUCUCAUGAGCGGAGCAUACAGACCAGAUCUCGUGGGAUCACUUUCCACAGGUAAGAUGUUUCCCAAAGACAACAGUCUAAAGAGACAGUGGGAACUGGCAGUGAAACGGGAAGGUUUUGUGGCAGCUGAGAGGUCCUUGCUCUGCAGUGAGCACUUCAAGCCAGAUGACUUUGACCGAACAGGGCAAAUUGUCAGGCUGAGACAUGGAGUCAAACCAUCUGUCUUUAACUUUCCAUCUCAUUUACAAAAGCAAGUACCAUCAAGGACAACAAAAGCCUCAAGGACAGCAGAAGAAAGCCUUCCAGUGGACUUGCCUCAGCAUUUCCCUGAAGCUGAACCUUAUUCUAAUGUUGACCACAAUUAUGCUUUGCCUGCUUCUCCCACUGUUCUAAAGGCCAAACUUAGUGAAGCUCUGGCUAGAGUGGAGAGUCUGGAGCGCGAGAAGAGGAAUAGCAUGAUCCGGGAGCGAAGGGCGAAGAAAAAUGUGCAUGCUCUUCUCAAGGAUCUGAGGGGGAAAAACCUCAUAAAUGAAGAGCUGAAAGACAGGCUUGAAUGCUACUCAGAUCUUCGGGUAGACCUCUUGUGGCGGAUUUCAGAAGGGAGAGAGUUCCAAAGAGUGGGGGCUGCGACACUGAAGGCUCUGUCACCAAAGGUACCCUGAUGCUGAUGAUUCCUGAGCUGCUCCAAGUCCAGCGGUAUGUUUGCACCUACCGGUUCAGCCAAGAUCACUUGGAGCUUCUCUUUAAUUCAAUCAGAGCAUCAGGGGGCUGGAACAACAAUCCCUCUGCCGGCCAGUUCCAGGGCAUCUUCCAGCGUCUAAUGGUCCGGUGUGGUGUCUCACCAAGUGGGCUAGGCAACGUGGAAGCACAGGAUGACACAGCGUCUCUGUCUGCUGUCCAGAUGUCCUCUGCCGAAACUGCAGACGAACUCCCUUCCCCGUUUGUUAACUUUGCGGCCCUCGUGUGUGACCACAGCUACCUUCCCACGCGCUUUGGUGGUCUUGUGGACAAUGCUCUGGUCUACAGCGCAGGGUUUUGUGUUUGUGGUUCGGUAGGUUCUAAGAAGGCUCUCUUACGAUGUGUGCCGUGCCAGCCUGGUGACAGACGGCGUACACUCUUCACAUGAUAAGAGCUACCACCUACUUGUGCUCAAAAAUAAUGGUGGGCUGAUGAUUCCAUCAGAAGGCACAGUCAAGGUGGUGAGAGCAGCAGAGCGGGUGAUUCGCCAGGUCCACUCAGAGCAAGCUCCUAAAGUGUCAGUGGUCAUGCAUGUGGUCCGUGAGGAGAUUGGCACAGAUGAUGUGUUUUUGCUCGGGGAACAUACUGGAGACACACAAUUUGGCAUUGACAACCACCAUUCUAACCUACUAAAACUAGUGGUGUCUGUGUUCCUCAAAAUUAGGCUGCACCACAUUGCAAAACUUACCUCACUAAAAUACCAGAGUGGCAGCACAAGAAAGAAACUGGAGGGAUUGUUAAUCUUCUUUCUCUUGAAUAUUUCAAAGUUCUGCCACUUAACCCUCUGGUAAUUCAAAGAACCUGUUUAGUUUGAAUAUUUGGAAUCAAUCAGAUCACUUAAUUAGUAGAGAUGGUGAUACUGAUCAGGGGGUGGUGGGAGUUUAGGAGCUGGACAGCCACGAGGAACAACUGUGUCCUGCAGCGUGCAACAAAGUCUGAGUCCUCAGGGGAGCCACUCAAAAAAAAUGGAAAGAAUGUGAUGGAUCCUGUAAGUUCCUGCGAGCUGUUCUGACGGUCUGAUAUUCAAAAAGGGUAGAGACAGCAGAUCCUAUAAUAAUAAUAUGAUGAUGAUGAUGAUGAUGAUGAUGAUAAUAAUGAUUGAUAUAUUAUAAUAAUAAUAACAAUAAUAAUAUAAUAUUAAUAUAUUAAUGAUAGCAAUAGCAAUAAUUAUAAUACUGGUAAUAAAAAUAAUAUAAUGAUAAUAGUAAUAACAAUAACAAAAUAAUAAUAAUAGUUAUAUAUAUAUAUAUAUAAACUAUUAUUAUUAUUAUUAUUAUUAUACUAAAAUGCAAUGUAUACCCAUCAAGCAAUGCUUUAAAUAAAGACCUGAACACACCUGAA